AUGCCACUUAAAAGGACCCCUCCAUCGCAACAGCCGGAGUGGGAUACGAAUCAGAGUUCAGCUGCUGCUACGGCCACAGAUACCGAUAAUGAUAGCUCUAGUAAUGUUGCUAGCCGACCUCGUGGCCGAAAGCGCCAACAUGAUGACGAGGUAUAUGCUUUUAUGUCGGAUAUGAAACAAUCUUUUGAUACCCUCAAAAAUCAACAAGUUAAAAUUCUAAGUAGUAUUAGUGACAUCCAGAAACAAAAUGGGGAUAUUAUUAAAUCCAUGGACUUUAUCUCAAAACAGUAUGAUGAAAUCAAAGAUCGAUUGUGUAAAAUGGAAACUGAAAGAAAAACGCAUUUAGCCUAUAUUCAGACCCUUGAAUUAAAAGUGGAGAAUCUCGAGAGAUUUCAAAAACAGGCAAGUAUUGAGAUAAAGAAUAUCCCUGUUAAACAUAAUGAGACUAAAGAUGACUUGUUACAGAUGGCAAAAGAAAUUACUGCGAAAGUGUACCGCAGAAUGAAAUAUGAAGCAGAAAAUGGAGUGGAAAAACUAUCUGACGCUAGAUGGCGAACUGCUCAAGCCGUUGGUGUUAGUGAAUCUAUGAUUACACGAAUUUUGAAAGAAGAGAAGCAAGCUAGUACAUCAAAUGAUACGUCACAAAAAAUUUUUAGAUCGCCCUCAAAACCAAAAAAGGAAGCGUACCAAGUCUAA